AUGGGCUGUGUUGUAGCCAGUGCAACAUGGGAACAAGAAACCACACAGUCAACCGCAGGAUUGUUUACUUUGAUUCAUUUGAUUAAUAUGGGACAAUCUGCACCCGAACCUCAACCUCCACCUCCAGAAUUUGAUAGACCAUGGAGGAAUAUGAAUUGGGGUAAUAAAGAUGAACUUGAAAAGAAACUGAGGAACUUCAACAUCAACCAGUCAAGUGUUCAGUUUAUCAGAAUUCUCCUUGUUGGUGAUGUUGGUGCAGGAAAAUCCAGCUUUAUAAAUUCAGUCAAUAAUGCUUUUCAAGGAAGAAUCACCUCACUUUCUCUUGCUGAUGCAACUGGGGGAACGAGUUUCACCAAAAAAUACAAAACCUGUCACAUUGAAGGAAAAGAUGGGUCACCUCUGCCUUUCAUUUUCAAUGAUGUUAUGGGACUGGAAACAGGAGAUGCUGGCGCACAUUUACAGGACAUUAUCAAUGCUUUAAAGGGCUUCCUUCAGGAAGGAUACGAUUUUGAGAACAAAUCAACAGAGUGUAUGAACAGCCCUGGCUACAGAAGCAACCCAAGUCUUGACGAUCAAAUCUACUGCCUUGUGAACAUCAUGGCAGCAAACACUGUAACACAAAUGUCACCGGAGGUCAUUAUGAAGAUGAAAAAAAUUCGGGAGGCAGCUGCAAGAUUGGACAUUCCUCAAGCAAUAAUCAUGACAAAACCGGAUUUAGCAUGCCCACUGGUUCAUGGUGACUUAAGGAAGAUAUACACCAGCAAGAAGAUCAAAGAAAAGAUGGAAGUGUGUAGGAAUCUGGUUGGUGUUCCAAUGAAUCACAUUUUCCCAGUGAAAAGCUACCAUGAGGAGAUGGACACAGAUGAUGACAUGGACACUCUGAUUCUCAAGGCACUUGAUCAAAUUGUAAACAUCACCUACGAUGCAAUGAAGAAUAAAGCUCCUAAUUCACAUGAUGAAUCAGUUUAGGAUUAGGUAUUUGUAAAUGGAAAAAGUGUACCAAUGUUGCAUUGCUACAUAAACUAUAACAUAAAAUCAAAGUAUUUAUCAGCUUCAUUACAUUAUGAAUAAUUCCAUGCAAAUAAACACCUUACAGUUAGAAAAGUUCUUCCCAAGUUAAAUUGUACAUUUAAGUCUGUAUUUUACUCCAUUUGUCUGCGGUUCUUCAUGUUUUAAGAAAAUUGCCAUCUUUACGUAUCAGGUGUGAACGAUA